AUGCCCAAGGAGCACUCGUGCACCGAGCCCGGGUGCGGAAAGAAGUUUCUUCGAGCUGAGCACCUGUCACGCCACCGUCUGAACCACCAGCCCAAGCAAAUCUUCCAGUGCGCAGCAUGUCCCAAGCGCUUCGUCCGCAAGGACCUGUUGCGCCGCCACGAACGCCGCCAUGAAAAGGGCAUGUGGUUUCGUAAUUCGGGCGGCGUGGUGGCUGAGGGGGACAAUGAUACGGCGAGUCUACUGCAUGACUCUACUAGCUAUACCCAGGAAUCCCCGCAGCGCGCUCUCGAGUCGACUGCCAUGUUUACGGAUCGCGAGCAAGAGGACGAUGUGCGCAUGUCGGACGAGAGUGUGAAGAUGCUGCCGUAUGAGCAGGAGCCAGCAGAGACGUACGGCGAGCAGGGACCAACACAGACAUACGGCGAGCAGGAACCAACAGAGACAUACGGCCAGAUGGAUGAAAUCGAGAAUAUGCAAGUGAACAACACCGAUUUCCUCCCAGCACUCCCCGAUCAAGAAGUCACCUCGCUCUUCUUCGACCCGUCGAUUACCAUACCCGAUCCGGCUCUUGACUUUGAAUGGCUGUUUGACAAUCUGUCUGCCGACCUCAACAACCCCGGCGGAAUGCCCUCGGUGGUCUCGCCGCAGAGCAGUGUGUCGCUGCCAGGCAUCUCUCCACCAGCCUUUGGCGCAGUCCAAUCUCCAGUGCGAAUCCGCCACUCAAUUUCCUCGCAGUCGUCCGGAUCCUCGCCCUGGGCCGAAGUGCGCACAAACCUGCUAAAAGCGUUGAAUAGUCUAACGCAAGACGUGCUGAUGUCGUCGUUUUUCUACCCAAACAACCUGGCCGGGUUUUGGGAUCUGUAUUUUGAAAACUACCACCCGCAUUUUCCUAUCCUGCACAAACCGACGCUGGAUCCGGUGAGCGCGUCGCCGCUGCAGGUGGCGGCGAUAGUCACGCUGGGAUCGACGCUGUCGGGCGACGCCGGCCAUUUUGAUGUUGCGAAUAAGAUACACGAUUCGCUGCGGUAUAUUAUUUUUGGGACUCCGGAUUUCGACCCGCCGGCAUCCCUCUGGUGCGUGCAGACUCUGCUCAUCAUCCAAGCCCACGAGAAAAUGUUUUCCACGCGAAAACACCACCAGCUGGCGCACAUCUUCCACGGAGCCAUCAUCACGCUCAUGAAGCGCGGCGUGGCAUACCAACAUACAACACAUGCCCCCGGCUCAACCGCGACAGAGCGCUCGUGGCACCAGUGGGUUGAGAUCCAAGCCUCGAACCGGACUGCGUUUUUUGGCUUUGUCAUGGACGCCCAGCACACGUUCAUGUUCGGCCACACGUGCAUCCUGUCAGUACACGACGUGCGCCUUCCUUUACCCUGCGCCGACGUUCUCUGGGAAUGCAGCAGACCCGAAGAAUGGGACCGCAUGAUGCGCAAGACGCCCGAGUCGCCUGGUUUUUUACCUGUACUGAAACGCCUGCUCGCGCGCACGCCCAUCCCGCCACACUGCAGCGCAUUCUCGCGGCUUAUCUUGCUGCAUGGGCUGUUCAGCGUGACUGCACAUCUGAAAGCGCGCGACUCUGUCACUCUCGGAGUCGGGCGUGGUGGCCCGUCGACAGCAAACUCUCCGCGUCUCGACGCAAUCGACACAUGGAAAGAAACCGUCGAGCGCGCCAUGGACAUCUGGUCCUUCUCGCUCGUCUCGCGCAGCUCAUCGCUCGCCCUCGAGGCAUCGCGCCCGCUGCACCGCAUGGCCUACGCGGCUAUCUACACGGACAUCAACGACAUCCACAUCCUGGCCGGUGCGCCUUCGUUGUUAGGCAGUAUGCUUUCGGCCACCGACCGCAUGCGAGCCACGGCGCGCGUCCGCGCGUGGAGCCAGUCACACGACUCCAAAAAGGCGCUUUAUCAUUGUUUACUACUCAUCCAAGAAACCAUCUUUACGGGCCAGUUGUAUAGCGCUGCUAGCGACAAUAUCGCGUUACGACCGUGGUCUAUAUACCACGCCGCGCUGAUAUUGUGGGCAUACGGCGCGAUGGCGAGAGAAAGGAGCAACCCGCAGCACGAACAACAACGAAUAUCCUACAGCGCAGAAGAGUAUCUCGUGCGCAUGCUGAUGCUUCUCCGCAACGAGUCGGACCAAGUCGACGUGAUUGCGCAGGAGACGAGCGAGCUGCUGCUGGCUGUGCGCGAGAGCCUCGAGGGGUGUCGCUGGGAGUUGUUGCAGGAAGCGUGGGAGACGCUGGGGCGGUUGAUCAAAUAG